AUGUUCCUCUUCGGCCUAGGAAAACUCUUCUACGUAUGCUGUCUAUUAAUCAACGCCGUGGCCAUCCUCUCUGAAGACCGAUUCCUGGCAAGAAUUGGCUGGGGCCGCACACAGGCAGACCCUGCCUUCGGCGCGACAUACGACAGCACAAGUAUCAAGGCCAAAUCCGUGAAUCUGAUCGCUAGUGUCCGGACCGUGAUGCGAAUACCCCUAAUCGUGAUCAAUACGACGAUAAUCAUCUACGAGCUCAUUCUUGGGUGA